CCCGAGAUGGCACGCUUCAUUGAAUAAAUGCCCUCAUCAUCAUCCUUCCCUUAAACGCCUCUCUUUACAAGAUUAGGCUGUGAUAAACAUCUCUUUAUUAGGUGGCUGAGGCUCCGCAGCCCCGCCAUCCCCUGCACCCUACACUGCCCUGUUUGACGGGGCGAGGUCAGUGGAUGUGCCCGGCCGUCACAGGUCCGCUGACCAAUGCCUGUCCUCCCAGCUGUGACUUUGCCACUUUUAUCCAAUGGCAGCAGGUUCACAUGCUACUGUACACCCCCAUGAGUCACCCCCCCGCUCCCCCUACCCCACAUUUAAAACCCUGCAUCUCGGGCUCCGCAAGGACAUUUUAUGGCAAGGGAUUCCCAAAAGGAAUUCUGAGUACAAACAUUCAGCAGAGGACCAUGGGGACUCUGCUACUGACUCUCCUUGGACUGCAGAUAGUGAUGGGAAUGGGACACUGGUGUGAACACACGGUGGAGGAGAGAGUGGAGCGAGUCCUUUCCCCACGCCUGCAGCUUGAAGUGAGCUGUUCACAGGUGUAUCAGUACAACACCCAGGGCUGGAGGCUAGAUGUGGACAGGAUGCGCAUCAAACACGGCGGUGAUGAUGGCAUCGCACUCUACUACAUACAACAGGGUCUAAACGCAUCCUGUUUCUUGUACAAGCCCCCAGAGAUGGAGAACCAGAUGGUGAACAAAACAGUGAGGGCAUGUUGUGAGGGCUGGGGCGGACCACGCUGCUCUGAAGGUGUGGGUGUGCGUGGCCAGUGUUACUCUACGUGGAGUUGUGAGAAGUUCCCUGGCGUUCAGAACUCCUCUCUCAUGCCCAUGGAGCAGUGCUGCAGCAGCCUGUGGGGGCUGAGCUGGAGGAAUGCCUCCGACUGGACCUGCUUGUCUUGCACCUACACUCUUGUCCCUGACUCCCAGUCCUCCCCACUGGUGCGGGGUGGUCUGCUGGGUAGCGUCAGGGUGCCUCAGAGCUCAGCCACCUGCAUGUCCUGGGGUGGAGCCCACUACCAGACUUUUGAUAGGAAACACUUCCACUUCCAGGGCAGCUGCACUUACCUGCUGGCCUCAUCUACUGAUGGCACCUGGGCAGUCUACAUCAGAACAGUCUGUGACGGUACAGGGAACUGCAGUAAGGCUUUGAGGAUGAUGCUGGGUCUAGAUUUGGUUUCAAUUCAUCAAAAGGGCUUAGUGCUGAACAACCUCACUGUUCAAAAUGGAGAACCACUCUUCCAGAACGGAGUGAGUGUUCAUUGGCUGGGGGACUUUGUGUUUGUGGAGAGCGGCCUGGGAGUGAGAGUGAAGUUUGACCAGACCAACACAGUCUACCUGACAGUGACCGCCGAGCACCUGGCAGCCACCAGGGGUCUCUGUGGAGUCUACAACAACAAUGCUGACGAUGAUUUCACCACAAUGGAUGGAACUGUGUCCCAGUACGCCGCCAGCUUCGGAAACUCAUGGAAAGUUCCUGAUGAGCAGAAUGAGGGCUGCAGCGAUGCGGCUGAGCUCGGUCACAGCUGUGACGUCUCAGGAGACCCUUCCCUACGCAGCCGGGCAGAGUCAGUGUGUCACCGACUACUGGAAAACCCCUUCACACACUGCCGCAUCCGGGUGGACCCAGCAGUGUACAUAGACACCUGUCUCUAUCUGUACUGUAGCCUGCCACCCAAAGAGAGAGAUUCGGCAGUGUGUGACACCAUGGCCAGCUAUGUCCGAGAGUGUGCUCAGCAACACGUCAUCAUAACAUGGAGGACAGCCACCCUAUGUGGUCGUGUCUGUCCUAGAGAUCAGGUGUUUUCGGACUGUGUGUCCCUCUGUCCCCCUAGCUGUUUGUCUCCCCAGCACCCCGGGCCUGCUGCAUCCAUGGGCCAGUGCAGGGAGGAGUGUGUGGGGGGCUGUGAGUGUCCACCGGGCCUCUACCUUCACCAGGGACUCUGUCUGAAAAGAGACAAUUGUCCCUGUUUCCAUCGCAGACGCACCUACCAGCCAGAGGACAGAAUACAGCAGAGAUGCAACACUUGUGUGUGCAGAGCAGGCCAGUGGCAGUGCACUGGGGAGAAGUGCGCAGCUCAGUGCAGCUUAAUGGGGGCGCUACAGGUGACCACCUUUGACAAAAAGAAGUAUUCACUACAGGGAGGAGACUGUCCCUUUAUUGCUGUGGAGGACUUUGUUGAUAGGAAGCUGGUGGUAAGUGUGCGCUGUGGGAAGUGUGCAGCCGGAGGAGGAGGAGGAGGCCUGGGUUGUCUAAGGGAGGUGUCAGUCACAGCACUCCGCACCACAGUCACCAUCACAGACAUUGGUACAGUGACAUUGAAUGGCCUGAGCAAACCGUUGCCUGUGGUGACGGGGGACCUGGUUGUGCGUAGGGUCUCCUCUUCAUUUCUCCUCAUCCAGACUUUUGGAGCCCAGCUGCUCUGGUACCUAGAUGGACCUUUGGCCCUCAUCACCCUGCAACCUGGCUUCGCAGAUAAGGUGCGUGGCCUGUGUGGAACGCUCAACUGGAACCAGCAUGAUGACUUUACCACCCCUGAAGGCGACGUGGAGAACAGUGUGUCAUUGUUUACAAGCAAAUUCACAACAGAGCACUGUACUCUACCUUAUGGAGCUCCACCUGACCCCUGCACCACAUACACCCAGAGGAAACAGUACGCAGAGACAGUGUGCUCCGUCAUACACAGCCCCGUCUUUCAGAUGUGUCAUGACGUGGUGGAGAGGGAGCCCUAUUUCCGUCUCUGUCUGUGGGAGGUUUGUGGCUGUGUUCCACAGAGGACCAGUCACUGCACCAUCCUCACUGCCUACGCCCGACAUUGUGCACAGGAGGGCGUCGUCGUCAACUGGCGCAAUCACACCUUCUGUCCGGUCCAGUGUUCGGGGGGUCAGGUGUACCAGGAAUGUGGUCGUGCCUGUGGGGUCUCCUGUUCAGACCACUUGAGCUGCGAUGCUGGUGGUGGUGGAACGGGUCUUAGGAUGUGUGUUCCAGGUUGCCAGUGCCAACCAGGACUAGUGCAGGACCACCAGGGCCAGUGUGUACCCAUCACUAUGUGCCCCUGUGUGCAAGGAGACAAGACGUACCAGGCUGGAGCUGUUAUUCAAAACAACUGUAACACCUGUGUGUGUGAGCAAGGGCAGUUUAACUGCACUGAGGAGCACUGUGAGGAGGUGAACCAGUGUCCAGGCUCUCUGGUCUACUCUCCACGCUCCUGCCUCCUCACCUGCUCCAGCCUGGACCCUCCUGGCCAACAGUCGGAGUCCAGUGUUCCACUGCCGAGCUGCAGAGAGCCCCUGUCUGGCUGUGUCUGUCCCCGAGGAACUGUGCUACUAGGGGAUCAAUGUGUUCUGCCAGAUGAGUGCCCAUGUCACCAUAAUGGUCAACUUUAUUACAGCAACGACACCAUCACCAAAGACUGUAACACAUGUGUUUGUAAGGAGCGCCGCUGGCACUGCAGCAAGUCCGCCUGUGCCGGUGUGUGUGUGGCAACAGGUGACCCGCACUAUGUGACAUUCGACGGCCGCUGUUACUCUUUCCUGGGCGACUGCCAAUACGUGCUGGCAAGGGAGAGCAGUGGUUUGUUCAGUGUAAUUGCAGAAAAUGUGCCAUGUGGGAGCACUGGCGUCACCUGUACAAAGUCGGUCACCCUCAGCCUGGGAAAUACCGUCAUACAUCUGCUGAGAGGUAAAGCUGUGACAGUAAAUGGGAUGCCAGUUAGUCUGCCAAAGUCUUACAAUGGCAGUGGUCUGACUUUGGAAAGAGUCGGCCUGUUUGUCUCCCUUUCCUCCCAACUGGGGGUCACUCUGCUAUGGGAUGGAGGUAUGCGUGUAUAUGUGCGUCUGGAAGCCCACCUGCGGGGUCGGGUCGGGGGCCUGUGCGGUAACUUUGAUGGGGACACCGAGAAUGACUUUACUACACGGCAGGGUAUUGUGGAGUCUACAGCAGAGCUGUUUGGUAACUCCUGGAAGGUCAGCCCCUCCUGCCCUGACGUGGCAGACCAGGACCUCCGAGACCCUUGUGCUCUGAACCCCCACAGGGUGACCUGGGCCAGAAAGAGGUGUGCCGUACUGACUCAGGAGCUCUUUUCUCAGUGCCACCCUGAAGUGCCCUUCCAGCAGUAUUAUGACUGGUGUGUCUUUGAUGCUUGUGGCUGUGACUCAGGUGGGGACUGUGAGUGUCUCUGUACAGCCAUUGCUGCCUAUGCUGAAGAGUGUAACCGCAGAGGGGUUUACAUCCGCUGGAGGUCCCAAGAGCUCUGUCCUCUGCAAUGUGAGAAUGGGAUGGUGUAUGAUCCCUGUGGUCCGGCUUGCGCUCCAUCAUGUCCCAGUGUUCAGCAGAGUCCACACACCCAGUGUGGCGCCUUGUCCUGUGUGGAGGGCUGCUUCUGCCCUGCUAGCACGGUCCGACACGGCGACAGCUGUGUAGCUCCCAUUAAAUGUCCAUGUGAGUGGGAGGGCUCCAUGUUUCCACCUGGAACUACCAUCACUCAACACUGCCAAAACUGUUCCUGUGAGGAUGGUGUGUGGCAGUGUAAAGGUGUGGCUUGCCCUCCUGCCCCCCCACCCUGUCUGGAAUCAGAGUUUACCUGUGCAGGGGGGCGCUGCAUCCCCUCCCAGUGGGUGUGUGACAACGAGAAUGACUGCGGCGACGGUUCAGAUGAGAUCUGCCCAGCCACCUGCUCUCCAGACCAAUUCCGCUGUAGCAGCACACCAAGCGGACCAUGUUUGAACCUGGCUCUGCGUUGUGAUGGCCACCCAGACUGUGGUGACCAAUCAGAUGAAGAGUUCUGCGGACCUGCCACCCCCAUCCCCCUGUGCCCACCGGGGGAGUUUCAGUGCGCCAAUGGAAAGUGCCUGCCAGCCAGCCGUGUGUGUGACGGACGGCUGGACUGUGGUUUCGCUGAUGGGUCUGAUGAGCAAGACUGCGGAGUGGUGUGUGAUGAGGGGGAAUUCCUGUGCGCCGGAGGACGUUGCAUUCUCUACCUCCACCGCUGUGAUGGACAUGAUGACUGUGGGGAUCUCAGUGAUGAGAGGGGGUGUGUGUGUGCACCAGGGGAGUUUCAGUGCCCCGGGGACCUGUGUGUGCCUGCAAACAGAGUGUGUAACGGACACAGAGACUGCCCCUCUGGAACAGACGAAGCUAUCUGUCCAAGUAAAGUGACCUGUGCUCCUGACCAGUUUGCCUGUAGUGACGGUACAUGUGUUGCCACCACAAAGUUGUGUGAUGGAACAACAGACUGUCCAAGUGGAGAGGAUGAGAACAGAACCAACUGCUACACUGUUAUCAUAACACCGUCACCCUCACCUGUCACCCCAACUAUGCCAACUCCAGCUUGUAGGUCCUAUGAGUUCAGCUGUGCCACUGGUUGGCAGUGUGUGCCUAAGGCCUGGCGUUGUGAUGGGGAAACAGACUGUAUGGAUGGUAGUGAUGAGCAUGAGUGUAACGCCCCCUGUGGCCCUGGCCAGGUGCCUUGUCUUAGUGGGGACCAGUGUGUGGACUACCAUCAGCUCUGUGAUGGAACCCCACACUGCAGGGAUGCCUCAGACGAGAGUAUUGACAACUGUGGCUCUACUCGAAUACCUCCCUGUCCAGGCAGCUUCCUAUGUGACAACCGCACCUGUGUGAACGUGUCGCAAGUGUGCAACGGCGUUCCAGACUGUCCACAUGGCGAGGAUGAGUUAUUGUGUGAUAAAACCGUCUCACCAGUGCCACCUGACAGUAGGAACACCACUGUCCUCUGCCCGGAAUUUACCUGUAUGGAUGGAUCCUGUGUCCCCUUUAACAUGGUGUGUAAUGGUGUGGUAGAUUGCCCAGACUCCUCACUAGCACCACUUGGAGUCCCCACUGAUGAGCAGGACUGUAGAAGCUGGAGCUCCUGGGGUCCGUGGAGCCCCUGCAGCACAUCCUGUGGUACAGGCUCCAUGAGCAGGCAGAGAACCUGCCCUCCAGGAGAUCCACUGCGCCACUGUCGGGGACAGGACUUCCAGAGGCAGCAGUGCUUUAACAUAACAUGCCCUGUGGAUGGUCAGUGGCUGCCAUGGUCGAGCUGGUCGAACUGUUCCAGCGGAUGUGGUGGAGUGCAGGUCAGACACAGAGGCUGCAUCCCUCCUCGCUAUGGAGGCCAAGACUGUUCCCAGCUCCCUGGACCAUCCAACCUACCCAUGGAAAUCAAGCGUUGUCCUGACGAUGGAUGUGCCAACACCAGCUGUCCCACUGGGCUGGUGAGACACAGCUGUGCUCCCUGCCCAGUGUCCUGUGCCCACAUCAGCAGUGGGACGACCUGUGAUUCAAUAGCACCCUGCUCCUCAGGUUGUUGGUGUCCGGAGGGCCUGGUGAUGAGCCAUAAGCAACAAUGUGUGUUACCAGAGGAGUGUGUGUGUGAGGUGGCAGGUGUGCGCUACUGGCCCGGCCAGCAAAUGAAGGUGGACUGUGAGAUUUGUGUUUGUGAGAGAGGAAGGCCUCAGAGAUGCCAGCCUAACCCAGACUGUUCAGUGGACUGUGGCUGGUCAUCAUGGUCUGAGUGGGGAGAGUGUUUGGGGCCCUGUGGUGUUCAGAGUGUCCAGUGGUCGUUUCGCAGCCCAAACAACCCCAUCAAGCAUGGAGAUGGGAGAACGUGUAGAGGAAUUUACAGGAAAGCCCGCCGGUGCCAGACAGACCCCUGUGAUGAGUGUGAGUACCAGGGUCAGUCCCAUGCUGUGGGAGACAGAUGGAGGUCAAACCACUGCCAGUUAUGUCACUGUCUGCCCAACCUUACAGUGCAGUGUUCCCCCUACUGUCCAUACGCUGUCAGUGGAUGUCCACAGGGCCAAAGUCUGGUGCCUGGAGAGGGAGACAGGUGUUGUUACUGCCAAGAAGGAAUUGACAACAUUCCUGUGACAAUAAGCCCUGUCACUAUGACCACCAAGCCAGCAGAAGACCCUACACCUCUGGUUCCAACAUAUCCACUUCCUCCUGGAGAUGAGUGUUGGGUUCCUCUGGGUGUUCAGACUCUCCCAGCCUCCAGUUUCAGUGCCUCGUCACAGCAGACUGGUCACCCCCCUGAGGCAGGUCGCCUCCAUGGGUGGGACCCCCAUAGGGACCUCCAGGGCUGGAGUCCAGAGCCUGAGGAAUAUAAGGACCUACCACAGCGGAACCCUGAGGGACACACUAGCAACACACAAAGUCCAUACCUACAGCUAGACCUGCUAAAACCAUACAACAUCACUGGUGUGCUUACCCAGGGUGGUGGUAUGUUUGGCACAUUCGUGUCCAGCUUUUACCUCCAGUUCAGCCAGGAUGGCAGACAGUGGUACACUUAUAAAGAACUGGUUACUGAUGCCCGGCCUAGAGCCAAGGUUUUUCAUGGUAAUGAUGAUGAUGAAGGGGUGGCACAGAGCCGACUGGACAGGAUGGUGUUGGCGCAGUUUGUCCGCCUGCUGCCACACGACUUUCAGAAUGGCAUCUACCUUCGACUUGAGAUCAUGGGCUGUGGAGAUGUCUCCCCAAUAGGUGGCUGCAGAGAGAAGGAGUUUCAGUGUAAAAAUGGUCGCUGUGUGCCAGCAGGUCCACUGGGAAGUGUUUGUGAUGGAGUUAAUGACUGUGGGGAUGGAUCAGAUGAGAUGUACUGUGGUACGCAGCCAUCCCCUACAGCCGUCAGUCCACGCAGCUGCCCUGCUGGUCAGUUCUCCUGCCCCCCACCAGGGGGCUGCAUCGAUGCAGUAAAACGUUGUGAUGGGAUCCCCCACUGUCCCAAAGGAGAGGAUGAAACUGGCUGCCAUCCCUACAUCACUACCCAGUCAGACAAACCACACACGCCUACCCCUGCUCCUCUUAGGACUCCGUCCAAGGCUGCUGUCACUUAUCCUGCAGUAACACCAACGGAUGGUGGCCCAGGAUAUCGUGGCAUCUGCUCCUCUCCCCUUGGACUGGAGGAUGGGAGAAUUCGAUAUGGUCAGCUGACCUCAUCCUCGCACCGUGAGAACAACCCUGCUGAUGGUGGACGACUUAACAUCGUCCCUAACGUUCAGGUCAUGGAUCCUGGAUGGAGCCCCUUACCUACAGAUCCCCAGCCUUAUUUUCAGGUGGACUUCCUGGAACCCACAUGGAUAUCAGGGAUGGUGACCCAGGGCUCUGAACGCAUGUUGGGUUACCUCACUAAAUAUCGCCUGGCCUUCGCCCUGCACAGCAGCCUCUUCACAGACUAUACUGAGGAUGGCAAGCCUGGUGGACCUGCUAAGGUGUUUGAGGUGCGGAUGGUGGGCAGGAACCCUGCGACCCGCUGGCUCGGUCGGCUGGUCAGAGCUCGCUACCUGCGCAUCAUCCCUGUGGAGUUCAGACACACCUUCUACCUACGUGUGGAGAUACUCGGCUGCAGAGGAGAUGAGCUGGUGACCCCCAGUAGUGUGACCACAUCUCCCUCUGGUGGUGGGAAAGUGACUGUGCCGAAAUGUAAGCCAGGCCAGUUUGCAUGCCAGCGCAGUGAAGAGUGCGUCUCCGUCUCUGUGCUUUGUGAUGGUCGACCAGACUGCAAGGACCACUCUGACGAGAUCAACUGUGGUAUGGCUACAACCAAAGGCUCUCCAGGGCUGCAGAACCAGACCAGUUCCACAGGGAGACCAGGUUUCCAUGGUGACAGUACAACAGGUGCCCCAGGCCUCCAUACCACCAGGUCCCAAGGUGGUCUUCCUGGCGUGGCUAGCCCAGGGGUCACAAGUCAAACAGGACUUCAGAAGACUACAACUUCAAGUACAGGAGCCACCACAGGUCAACCUGGACUGCAUCCCCCCACAACCACCCAUUCUGGAAGACCUGGGUUGCAAACCACAGAAGCCCCGUUGAUCGCUACAACCCCCCAUGAUGGUGGCCUACCCAGAGUGCUUUGCAUGGAGGGUCAGUUUGUGUGCCGGACUUUAGGCUGUGUCGACUCGGCACAAGUGUGCGACGGCAAACCGGACUGUUUGGAUGGGUCUGAUGAAGAAAGCUGUGGCACCACAGCCAGACCAGCGGUGACUCCACAGAGCCCCCAGGUGCCCAGCCUCUGCUCUCACAAGCAAUUCUCUUGUGUCAGUGGUGAGUGCGUUCACCUGGACCGCAGAUGUGACCUGCAGAAGGACUGUGCGGAUGGAUCAGAUGAGAAAGACUGUGUGGACUGCAUCAUGUCCCAGUGGACAGCGUGGAGUGCGUGCAGUGUGUCCUGUGGUCUAGGCUCCCUGUUCCGGCAGAGGGACCUACUGAGGGAAGCUCUGCCCGGAGGGGCCUGUGGUGGAGCUCAGUUCGACAGUCGAGCCUGUUUCCCUAAAGCAUGUCCAGUGAAUGGUCACUGGUCAGAGUGGACAGAGUGGUCAGAGUGUGACGCUCAGUGUGGAGGUGGUGUCAGACAGAGGAACAGAACCUGCUCUGCUCCUCCCCCCAAGAACGGUGGGCUGGACUGUAAGGGCAUGACCCUGCAGAGCCAGAGCUGCAACAGCCAGCCCUGCACCAAAGACAUCAGCACACAGACAGGCUGCGUCAACAGCAUGGUGCUGGUGACUGAGGCAGACUGCCAUGCUGGGAGGGUGGAGCCCUGUCCUCCUACCUGCUCACAUCUCAGCUUGACCAGCAACUGCACUGCAGCAUGUAUACCGGGGUGUCGCUGUCCUGAUGGUCUGUAUCUUCAUGAUGGGCGAUGUGUGAAUGCCAGCCAAUGUGUCUGUUUCUGGGAUGGUCGAACACUACAGCCAGGACAGACCGUCAGCUGGGACCAAUGUACCACUUGUGUUUGCAAAGAUGGACAAGUAACCUGUGACGCCUCCCUUUGUGUUGUGACCUGUAAUUGGUCGGCCUGGUCGUCAUGGUCACCAUGUGAUGUAACCUGUGGACCGGGGCUCCAGCAACGCUACAGGUCUCAAGUGAACCCAGCUGGAGCAGUCAGAAUCCAGCCCUGUGCCGGGGACUCUUCAGAGGUCCGCCCCUGUUCCAGUCCCUGCCUCCCAGUUCUACCAGAUGGAGUCAGGAGUGACUGGACCAGCUGGUCAGAGUGCAGUAAAACAUGUUUCAACCAUGUAGAUGAUGUUGGAAUCAGAAGACGAUUUCGCAGCUGCAACCACACCGUCCUACCCUUCAACAACAUACACACGGACUCUGCCUGCGAUGGAGACAGCGAGGAGCAAGAGCCUUGUAACACUGUACACUGUCCAGUGAAUGGCAGCUGGUCAGCAUGGUCAUCUUGGUCUCAGUGUUCAUCAGAGUGUAACUCUGGCGUCAAAGCAAGAGAGCGAUUCUGCAAUUCACCCACUCCACAGCAUGGGGGCAGCAGCUGCCCCGGGCCACAAAUGCAGACAAGAGACUGCAACUCCCACCCUUGCUCAGGUGUGUGUCCAGAGGGCAUGGUGUACAUGACAUCAGCAGAGUGUGAGGCUCACGGUGGUGCAUGUCCGCGGGCGUGCCUGGACAUAACCUCCACAAAGGUGCAGUGUGCCACCGCCUGUUACGACGGCUGCUACUGCGCCCUGGGCUUUUACCUACUCAAUGGCAGCUGUGUUCCCCUGGCACAGUGUCCGUGUUACCACCAGGGGGAACUGUACCCAGCCGGUGCCACCCUGCCUGUUGAUGCCUGCAAUAACUGUACCUGCACUAAUGGAGAAAUGAAGUGCAGAACAGCUCCCUGUCCUGUGGACUGUGGCUGGAGCAGCUGGACCCAGUGGAGCGCUUGCAGUCGAACAUGUGAUGUUGGUGUGAGAAGGCGGUAUCGUUCAGAAACCAAUCCUCCUCCAGCUUUCGGGGGUCACCCCUGCAAAGGAGACAGAGUUGGGAUCGAUACCUGCAGCAUUGAACCCUGCUAUAGUGUAAAGGAGCCAUGGAGUGCGUGGUCAGAGUGCUCAGUGACGUGUGGCGGAGGUUACAGGAGCCGAACCCGCGGGCCCAUCCGAAUCCACGGCACCACUCAUCAGUUCAGCGCCUGUAACCUACAGCCCUGUGGAGAUGGCAUGGUGUGUCCUCCAGGCCAACAGUGGAAGCAGUGUGUGACGGGAGCGGUGUCAUGUACAGAUCUCACAAUGGACCUUAGCAGGAACUGCACACCAGGCUGCCAGUGUCCAAACGGGACUGUCCAACAGGAUGGUGUGUGUGUGCGGGAAUCUAACUGUCGCUGUGACUUAGAUGGAGAACAGUUCAAACCAGGAGAUAUUGUGCCCACAAACUGCAACAACUGUACAUGUGAAGCAGGGAGGCUGGUAAACUGCUCUCAAGUCAGCUGCAAUGUUGAUGGCCAGUGGUCAUUGUGGACUCCCUGGGGUCAGUGUUCGGCGUCGUGUGGAGCAGGUCUCCAGUCUCGGUACCGGUUCUGUUCCAGCCCCCAGCGUUCUGGCAGUGGCCUGCCAUGUCUGGGCCCUAGCAGAGAAGACCAAAUCUGUAUCUUUGCUUCAUGUGACCGUGACGGUGGCUGGAGUCAGUGGAGUAACUGGACGGAGUGUACCAAGUCAUGCGGUGGGGGGGUUCGCAGCCGGAGGAGAGAGUGUGACAGUCCCCGUCCAGAGGGUGAGGGGAACUACUGUGAGGGGCUGGGAACCGAGGUCAUAGCCUGUAACACUGACCACUGUCCAGUGCCGCCAUGUUCGCAGGUCCCAGGCACAGUUUUCAGUAGCUGUGGUCCCUCCUGCCCUCGCUCCUGUGAUGACCUGGCUUACUGUGAGUGGCAAUGUGAGCCAGGGUGCUACUGUACAGAGGGAAAGGUCCUGUCUGCUAACGGGACAGUGUGUGUAGAGAAAGCAGACUGUCCCUGCAUGGACCUCAGCACUGGACAAAGGCUGGAACCAGGGGAGACCACUGUAGCCCCUGAUGGAUGUAACAACUGCACCUGUGAGGGUGGGAGGCUCAACUGUACCAGAUACCCCUGUCCAGUGUCAGGUGGCUGGUGUGAGUGGUCUGAGUGGACUCCAUGCUCCAGGACCUGUGGAUCGGAGUCGGUGUCCCGCUACAGGAGCUGUGGCUGUCCUGAGCCCAAAGCUGAAGGAGCGGCCUGCUCUGGAGAACAGGAAAUACACAAUGGGGUCGGAGUUCAAAUCCAGAGACAGCCCUGCCCUGUCAUCACCUUCUGUCCUGUCCAUGGUUCGUGGAGUCCCUGGUCAGUGUGGUCAGAGUGUGAUGGGUGCGCCGGGUCGACCACUCGCACCAGAGAGUGUAACAGUCCUCCCGCUAGGUUCGGGGGGCUGCCCUGUCUCGGAGAAAGCCGGCAGAGCCGCGGUUGCCAUGACAACAUCACUAUUUGCUCAGACUGUGGUGGAGGCCAAGAAGAAUGGCCUUGUGGGAAGCCCUGUCCUCGCACCUGUUCAGAUCUCCAUGGUGACACGGAGUGCUUGGACUCCCCUGGGUGCAGACAGACCUGUGGUUGUCCGGGUGACAGGGUUCUGCAGGAUGGAGUGUGUGUGGCCAGGAAGGAGUGUCGCUGCAAAUAUCAUAACAGCUCUGCUGAUGUGAUGACAUUCAGCGGGCUAGAUUCCAGUAAUGCAUCAUGGGCAUGGCCCGGUGGAUCUGAUUGGCAGUUUGCAAAUCCAGGAGACAUCAUCAUCAGUGACUGCAAAAACUGUACAUGCAAGGCUGGGGUUCUGCGGUGUCAGUCAGUCCCUGGUUGUUAUGUUGAUGGUGGCUGGAGCCAAUGGGGGGCCUGGACCGAGUGCUCGCUCUCUUGUGGAGGAGGAGUCAAGCUCAGGAAACGCCAGUGUGAUAACCCGUCCCCUCAGAGCAGUGGGAGAGGCUGCCUUGGAGUCGCUGAACAGCAGAAAGAUUGCAACAUACACCUGUGUACAGACUCUGUGGGCCCGUGGAUCCCCUGGUCUCGGUGGUCUAUGUGUUCGGUCAGCUGUGGUGGAGGACAACAGAGCCGCUCGCGCCUCUGCAGCUCUCUACCUUGCAGCGGCCCCAGCCGCCAGAGCAAGACCUGCAACACCCAAGUCUGCCUCGAAGUGGGCUGCCCACCUGGCAGGUUGUACAGGGAGUGUGAACGAGGUGAAGGCUGUCCAUUCAGCUGCGCUCAGGUCAGCGGCAGGGAGGGCUGUUACUCCGAUGGCUGCGAGGAAGGCUGCCACUGCCCCCUGCACACCUACCAACACCACAGUGUCUGCCUGCAGGAGUGUCCGUGCCUGGUGGACAAAGAGUUUCUGGCCUCUCUGCAGAGUGUUUCUGUCUCACCAGUCUUAUCUCUGCUCCUCCAUAACAUCUCUGAGGGAGUGGAACUUCAAUCGGGAGACACACUGGUCCACGACUGCAGCACCUGCACCUGUGAACAUGGCAGGUGGAACUGUUCCUUGGAGCAUUGCCCAGUUGAUGGUGGUCUGUCACCCUGGGGCCCCUGGAGCCCCUGCUCGCUGUCCUGUGGAGGUCUUGGACUGAAGAGUCGCUACAAGAGCUGCACACAGCCUGCACCGGCCCAUGGAGGAAGAGACUGCCAGGGGCCACGCCAGGAAACCACCUACUGCCAGGCCCCUGACUGCCCAGUGAUUGUUGGUCCUACAGAAGAACCAGUUUUACCAGAUGAGGAUGCUGGCUUCUCUCCAUGGUCAUUAUGGAGUCCCUGCACUAAGACUUGCACUGAUGCUCUCAGCCCGGCCAUGAAGUCCCGUUAUCGACAGUGUAUCAGACCUCCCUGCUCUGGAAGCUCUCACCAAGAGAAGGCCUGUAACCUGCCCCAGUGUUCAGAUGGAGACGAUGGGUGUGUGGGGGCAGACUGUGUGGGGAGGAACUGUUCGUGGACAGAGUGGGGGGAGUGGCGCUCCUGUUCACGGUCCUGCGGAGUGGGUCAGCAGCAGAGGAUCCGAGCCUUCCUCCGCCCCCGGACCAACGGCUCGUGGUGUGAAGACAUCUUGGGAGGAAACCUGGAGCAUCGCUUCUGUAACAUCAGGCCCUGCAGAGUGGAUGGAGGUUGGUCUCGCUGGAGUCCCUGGUCUCGUUGUGAUAAAGGCUGUGGAGGCGGGCGCUCCAUACGCACUCGCUCCUGCUCCAGCCCUCCCCCCAAGAACGGAGGGAAGAAGUGUGAAGGAGAGAAGAACCAGGUCAAACCCUGCAACACCAAACCCUGCGAUGAGAAAGGGUGCCCCCCAGGCCAGGAGUUUGUGCCGUGUGCCAACCAGUGUCCACAGCGGUGCUCAGACCUCCAGCAGGGCAUAGAGUGUCAUGGCAACACCACCGAAUGUCAACCUGGAUGUCGCUGUCCUAAAGGCCAGUUGCAGCAGGAUGGAGUGUGUGUUCAGCUGUGGCAGUGUGACUGUGUGGACUCACUGGGGCAGAUUUGGGCAGCGGGCAGCUGGCAUCAGGUGGACUGUAACAACUGCAGCUGCUCAGAUGGACAGCUCCUCUGCACCAAUAACAGCUGCCAGGCCACAUGCGUUUGGAGCUCCUGGUCCAGUUGGGCGUUGUGCAGCGUGUCCUGUGGGCAGGGCCAGAGAACCAGAUACAGGUCUCUGAUUCCAGAGACUGAAGGAGCAAAUUGCCAUUUUGAAGAAGUCCAGCAUAAAAACUGCAACCCAGGACCCUGCCCACCUCUCUGUCUCCAUGACAACCAGGAGCUCAGAGUGGGAGACACCUGGCUGCAGGGCGAGUGUAAACAAUGCACAUGCACCCCAGAGGGAAAUAUCUGCCAAGACAUUGACUGCAGAGUGGAUGGUGGUUGGACCCCAUGGUCAGUGUGGUCUGACUGCUCAGUGACCUGUGGUCAGGGCGCACAGGUUCGAACCCGCGCCUGCAUCAACCCUCCUCCACGUAACAACGGGACUCACUGCAGCGGGCCGGACAGAGAAACACAGGACUGUCACACUCCUCCAUGUCUAGAUGACCUUUGCCCCUGGUCGCCUUGGUCACCAUGUUCCCAGAGCUGUGGCGCAGGUUCUGUGUCACGGCGGCGGGUGUGUGUGUGUGAGGAGGAAGGAGAUGCAGCGUGUCCCACUGAGAUUGAGGCUGAGAGGAACAGAGAGGAGACCCAGCUGUGUUACAAACAGCCAUGUCCAGGCUGUCCCAUGUCGCAGUGGAGUGUUUGGUCCCAGUGCUCGUGUGUGUCACAGAGGCAGCAGCGCUACCGUGUAGCUCUCUCCCCAGCCACCAGGGGACAGCAGUGCACUCCUGUUGAAACAGAGAGCAGGACAUGCAGUCUCAGUCAAUGUGAUGAUUGUGAAGCCCCAUUUGUGUACUCAGCAUGUGGUGCGCCCUGUGAGAAGCAGUGUGCACUGCAGGGCCAAGGAGAUCUGUGUUUAGGUGUCAGGGAGUGUACACCUGGCUGCUACUGCCCACAGGGCAUGCUGCAGCAGAACGGUAGCUGUGUUCCUUCAGAGGAGUGUGGCUGCGUCCACCUGCAGCACCACGCUUCAGGACAACUACCCACACCUGUCACUGUCCCUCAGGGCGCCACGGUCACCAUAGGCUGCAGCACCUGCCUUUGCCAUGGUGGAACUUUUCAGUGUGACAUUAGAGAGUGUGAAGUCAUCAUCAGCGAGUGGUCGGAGUGGACUCCCUGUUCUCCCUGUGUGCCCUUUUCCUUCCUCCAGAACAGCACCUCCCAAGCAGGAGUUAUCAGUGGCAAUAACAUGGUCUCCAUCCAGAGGCGUUUCCGAGCCUGUUUGGACCUGGAUUCUGGUCUUCCGGUCUCUAGAGAGGAGGAGGAGAGCCAAUGUCCAGAACCAAUGGCAGAGGAGAGGGUCUGUCCAGAUGCUAACAUCUGCAGAGAUCUGUGUCAGUGGAGUGUGUGGAGCGCUUGGACAGCCUGUGCAGAGCCUUGCAGCGGUGGCAUCAGGCAGCGCUACAGACAGCCCCUGGCCUCUCUUCCAGGACCCCACUGUAAAAGCCAACAGACACAGACCCAGAGCUGCAACACAGGACUGUGCCCAGGUGAGCGCUGUGAGGAUAGGGGGCGGACCUACCAAGAGAGCUGUGCCAAUCAAUGUCCUCGUAGCUGCACUGACUUAUGGGAGCAUGUGCAGUGUCUCCAAGAAGCCUGUCACCCAGGCUGUCGGUGUCCAGAGGGACAGUUGUUGCAGGACGGCCACUGUGUGUCAGUUACAGAGUGUCGCUGUGGUAUCCCAUCAGGCAACGGGACGCUGGAGUUCAUGCCUAAAGAGGAGUUUUCCCUGGACUGUAACACCUGUGUGUGUGAGAACGGCACUCUGGUGUGCACCAAGCUUCAGUGUCCGGUGUAUGAGCCAUGGAACCCAUGGAGCUCCUGCUCAGCUUCCUGUGGGCGUGGCCAGAUGACAAGGAUACGCCUUUGCCAGGAUACAGAGGGCGGUCCUUCUUGUGAUGACACCACGCAGACAGAGAACUGUGAUCUGCCAUCAUGUCCAGUGGAAUGUUUGUUGAAUGAGUGGUCACCCUGGAGUGAGUGCAGCGCCACGUGUGGCGGCGGUUUGUCAAUGCGGAACAAGACAGUCCUUAGAGAGCCCGAGCCUGGUGGGAUGCCCUGUGUUGGACCACUGGAACAGCACACCAUCUGUAACACCAAAAGCUGCCUGCCUGGGUGUCCUACUGGGCAGGUGUUUAGUAACUGUUCAGGUUCCUGUCCAUAUACCUGUGAGGACCUUUGGCCACACACUCAGUGUUUACCUGGAGCCUGCACCCCUGGGUGCCACUGCCCUCCUGAACAGGUGUUGCAUGAAGGCUCCUGUGUGUCCCACGCUGACUGUCCCUGUUCACCGCUGUCCCUGCCGACUGGUGACCAGCGCUGGAAUGUCAGUACUGAGCAGAUCACAGAAGCUCUGCUGCCACCUGGAACGGUCAUUCAGCACCUCUGCAACACAUGUGUGUGCCAAAGAGGAGUGUUCAACUGUACCUCCAAGUUCUGUGAUGUGGACUGUGAGUGGUCCAGCUGGUCCCAGUGGAGUCCGUGCUCAGCAAGCUGUGGUACGGGGCAACAGAUCUCCACCAGAAGCAUCCUGCAGCCCAGCCAGUACGGAGGGGCCCCAUGUGAGGGCACUGACCACCGCACAAAAACCUGCAUGGCCCCUGACUGUGCGUGUCCUGACGGGGAGCAGUGGAAGAGGAGCGCGUCGGAGGAGGUCCCGCUGUGCGAGAGGAGCUGCCAAGACAUUUACUCCUCCUCUCCUGUCAACUGCAGCCGCUCCGUCGAGGGCUGCGUGUGUGGGGAGGGGCUUUACCGCAACACUGAGGGGGUUUGUGUCAUCCCCGCCCUCUGUCCCUGCCAUGACCAGGGCAACCUGCGGGAGGCCGGAUCAGAGUGGGAUGAAGGCUGUAUGACAUGUCGCUGUGUGAACGGCAAGAAACUGUGCCAGUUAAGAUGUCCGCCACUCAACUGUGAUGAGGGCGAGGUCAAGGUGGAGGAGCCAGGCAGCUGCUGUCCAGUCUGUAGAAAGCAGUUUCCAGACGAGCCCGUGCCAGAGUGUCGUCGCUAUGUGCAGGUCAAGAACAUCACCAAGGGAAACUGUCGGCUUGACAACGUGGAGGUCAGCUUCUGCCGGGGACGCUGUCUGUCCAGGACAGAUGUCAUCCUGGAGGAGCCCUACCUCCAGUCAGUUUGCAAGUGCUGUAGUUACCGUUUGGACCCUGACAACCCAGUCCGUUUCCUCAGCCUUCAGUGUGAGAGUGGAGAGAGCGAGCCGAUCGUCCUGCCUGUCAUACACAGCUGCGAAUGCGCCAGCUGCCAAGGAGGUGACUUGUCCAGACGCUGAGCGUGUGUGCGUGUGCGUGUGUCAGGGCGAGUAGGAACACCAAGCCGAGUGGGAGCGCCACACUGAAAGCCAGCUGGGUGAUGGUUCAUGAAUUUUGGGAAGGACAGACAGACAGACAGAUCGUUGGAAGGAUUGUUGUAAAAACGUUG